CAUUAAGGAGUUGAUCGCGCAACUAAUCGAAAGACGAAGAGACGCGCAUCAUUUUCCCGAUCAAGGAGAAGAUGGCACUACGGUAGAAUCGCCAGACGAUGAAGAUGAUGAAUGGUGUGUCAUUUCCCCCGAAGAUAUUCCGGGUACAAGUGGUUCAGGUUCAGGUAGCACCGCGACGAGUGCCGCUGGAUCUGAAGGAUCUGAACGUGCUGAAGGUUCAAGUGGAGAUGAACACGCUGAAAGAUCUGAGCCAAGUAUUGCUGGGCACGACGUGCUACGGGAGACACAGGAUAAGCAUGC